UAACUAGUUUUAAUAUUUAUUGCACUGCUGCAGAUCUCUACUACAUAUGCAUUUAUGGUCAUAUUUAGUACAUUCUUUUGCUGCCUUUUUGCACACAUAUAAUUCUACAACAAAAGACACGAAGCGAGCAUAAAGAGAAAAAAAUUAAAAUUUACACGGAAUAUACGGAAGCUUUUCUGUCAGUUCAAAAAUCAGCACCGCAGUCGCGUCCCCCGCCCAUCCAGUCGUGCUGCAGAGGACGACGGAAAAUACUUCGACGAGAGAGGAUUUAAAGUCCAGACGCAAUGGUCACACCACAAUCGCCCGUGCCAAUGUUCAACGGGCUGGACGAUGAUUUGUACAACGAUGCGAAAUAUGCGCAUGAGAUCAACGACAAGAUGCGUGUGCCGAAGCGCAUCAAGGCCACCGGCGAGUAUUCCGACGAGGAUCUACUGCUAUCGAAUCAAAAUGGCAUGAUUAGCUCGUGGAACUAUCAUGACAAGAUCGAUAUGAAUGUACCAGAUCGCAUUGUGGUGCUGGGCCACAAUCAGCAUCUGGAGACACGUUCAGCUCCGCGUGAAAUUCAAUUGGAGAACUCCAUAUUGCCCAAGAAUCCGUCGCUGGGCUUUCUGCGCGUACAAACGCCACCGCGCGUCAUAACGCUCACCGAUCAUCAUUUUCCAUCAGCGUCGGAGCAAAAUUCGCCGCUCCUCAAAUCCAAUGGCAAUCUCUAUGGACACGAUCUGGACGGAGAUGUGGAUGAAGACGAGGAUGGACAGCGUGCCAUACAGUACGUGCGCUCCAAUGGCAACGUACGCAUGGGCUUUCACAAUAGCACCGAUGCCAACUCCGUGGAAUCCGACUCGUUGCUUACAACGGGUAGCGGAAGCAAACGCUCGCAAUUGAUGCAACAGCACCUGCAGCAGCAGCAGCAAAGCAAUUUGGACGCCUCGAUGCUGGCCCAGCGUGAGGGCACGCCCAUGGGUGAGUUGACGCCGCACGAGGAGAUCCUCUAUCUGCGCCGGCAGCUGGCCAAACUGAAUAGACGCGUUCUCAACAUUGAGAUCAACAACGAGCAGCGAUUGCAGCGAGAGAAGAUCGUCUACUGCCUGGGCCUGGCCUACUUUGUGCUGAAGACCAUCUUCUGGCUGAACCGCAACUAGGUCACCAGGUGACAGCCUGAUGGUGCUCUUCUCCGUUUCUUCACUUGCUGCAUACACACACGCAAAACGGCCAGCCGGGAAACGUAGCCGAUUUUCAUUUUCAGUUUUCGUCUUAACUUUAUUUGUUUGCCAGCGGCACUGGGAGAGACUUUGUUGUUUUCUUUUCAUAUAUUUUUUUUUUUAUUUUGCCAUAUUUGUUAUAAGUUCUGUCUAAUUAAAUAAGCACAACUAAGAUGUUUGUCCGUGGUGGAUACCAAAAAAAAACAAAAAUCAAAGCAGCAAUUUUUAAUAUUUGUCAAUUUAUAGAAACGUAUUAACUCUUCUUCUAUAAGCAGUUCAAGUAUUUCCACGUCCUAAACAAACCAACCGAAGUAACUCCGAACAGAACGCGACUUUCAACCCAUUUUCUUUUGUAUAUGUGUGUGUGUGUGUACCAUUCGAACCAAUCCAAAGCACGGAACUGAAAAUUGUUUAUAUAUAUA